AAAGAUGAAUUAAAAGAAAUUCUGAAAAGAAUUGGCGCGAGAUGGAGUGAUCAUGUUGGACCGGAUACAACCCAUUUACUUUGUAAUAUUCAAGGUGGCCCGGAAUAUAAUCGAGCUUUGGAAAGUAGUAUACCUAUCGUGAAGCCCGAAUGGCUAUUGACUAGCGAGAAAUUGGGGAAAAUGCAGGCUGCGUUACCGUAUUAUCUCGUAAAUGACGGAGAUACCUCUGUUACUGCGAACUCCGAAAAAUAA